UCUAAGGUUACACCACUAGUGCUGUUCAUUUUUUUGAGCAUCUGGUAUCAGAGCAUGUAAAAUAUAUAUAUUUUAUAUUAUAUAUAUAUAUUGUAUAUUUUACAUUCUCUGCUGGUAUAGUUUGUUCAAUUCGCUGGAGUGUAAUGUAAGAAACAAAACGAAGGCGGCAGACGACAAGCAGCAUCUGUCAAAUAUUAAAAUAACGUGUGCAUUAUGGGCACAGUUAUAAUAUUUAGACAGCAGCACGACUUAACGGCAGCAGGGUUGCAGUUGUCGCUGUCUUAAAAGAAUUUCUAAUUUUGCCGACAACAAUAGGCGAAUGUAUGAUGCCAUCAAUAUGUGAAAUGUAAAAUUAUUCAAAGCUACAAGUCGUAAUGCUGUUUUACCAACAGAGGCAUAAAAUAACUCUGAUGUAUUAUUUGUAAUAACAGUUGAUAAUUUAAAACAAAUAAAUCGAUCUAUGGUAUUUACUUAUAGUUUCCUGAAAACAUUUCACAUUGAGCAAAAUAUUAAAAUUUAAAUUGUGUACAUCAGCUGUUUGAUACGUCGCUGCCGUCUUCAAAAUGUUCAAGGAGCUGGCUUGAGUAGGGUUCGCUUUAGAAUAUUAUAUGAACAUAGUACGUCGGGUUGUAAUGUAAAUAUUUAAAAGACUUCUCUCAUUAAUUUUUAUACUUUACAGUUGAUGUGCAUAACACGUUGCUUAAAAUUCAAAAUUAAUAUCAAAUCUUCAAAUAAAUGCAUUUCUACAGUCUUAUUAAUAUUGUAAUUAACAAAGCAAAGCUUUUGCUUUUAAUUUAACUUAUUUUGCGGAUAUAUUUAAUAAUUUGGUUACCAAGACGAAAUUGGAAAUGACGCAAUUGCGUUUGAAUUUCAAAUGUCCAAAUUUCCUUUCCAUUUGGCACAGCAAUAUGUAAAAUUUGUUAACACCGUAGGAACUUUUUUCACCACAACUCAACACAGAUAAAAAUGUUACGUUUGGCACACAGCCUAAGUCUAAAAUUAGCACAACACUGUUGGCAACAGCACAUCUGAGAAUUGUAGGUUAAUGUGCUAAAAAUUUGUUUUGAAAUUCAUAUUUUGUUGGAGAUUUGUAUAUUGCAAAUUUGAAACAAAAUCAUGGAUUUUGGUGAGCUUAGAAAUGACGAUAAGUUUACUAACACAGUAAAUAAUUUUUCAAGUGCUUUGGAUAAAAUAGAAAAAAGUCUUAACACAGCCGUCGAAUUAAAAGAAUUCGAAGAACUUUCAACACAAGAAAAAGUUAAAUUAGAUAAUUAUCUUGCAUAUGCAAUAAACUCGCUAUAUUGGAUGCAUGUUAAGCUACGAGGAGACGAUCCUAAUGAGCAUGGCAUAAAAAAUGAACUUUCCCGCGUGCGCCAAACUAUUGUACGCGAUAAACAAAUAUAUGAGCGCAAUACCAUACGACCGGUGAUAGACAAAGCCGCUGCUGGACGUUUUAUUAAACACGGUCUGCAUGUAAGAUUCGAUGAAAACGGAGAGAGACUUAAUGAAAACUCCUUAAAUAAUAAGAUGAACCAAGUUACGGACAUGGCUUCCUCUACGAAUUCAUAAUAAAUUGUAAUGAAUUAUAUAUUUAUAUGUAAGCAAUUUUUCGUAAUAAUAGGAACGUUAAGUAAAUCUUAAUGUUGAUAAGUCAAAAAAAGGAAUAUAUAGACACGUAUACCAAUUUUGCAUUAUAUUAAAACUUAAUUAAAGCGCUUCAGCAUUUUGAUAAAUUUAAUUAUGUUAAAAUCUAAACAAAAAAUACUCUUAAGUUAUGAAAGUUAACACAGAUUUAAGUCUUUUGAGAUUAGAAUGAUUUGGUAAAGUAUUAUCUAUCAUCUAAUUAUUAGGAAACAUUAUUUGGGAACGAAAUACAUAGAUAAAAUCAUGAAUUUUGAAUUAUUAUAAAUAGGGGAUAGGGAUAUUAAAGAAAUAACCUCUAAUACGCGUUCUGGAUAAUAUGUCCUAAACGUAGAGACUAGAGGACUAUAUGACACUAGAUAGGUAGAUUAGUAUGAGGUUGCCUAAAACUAACAUGACACAAAUUCCCAUCUAAUACCCUUAUCACUAUUUGAAGAUUCAAACAGAA